AUGCCGGGCAUCUGGUCGGGGUGGACAGUCCGUCCACCAAAGAGUCCGGUCACCUCACGUCAACGAGGCCGCGACGCCGUGAGCGGCCUCCGCUGCGGUGUUCCAGGCGAGCGCACGCUCCUUGCUCCUGUGCUCGUGCCACUCAAGGAACGAAACGACACAUCGCCCCAGAUCCACAGCUUCCCAUUGUCCCACCUACCGACGUCGGAGCUCAACUCGGACAAUAACCCCCCGCUCGCCAAGACCCCCGGAAUUGACCGCCGAACCGAUGAGUGGCAAGUGUCCGGGGCCUGGAACGCCGCCACGACUGGAGCACCACCAUACAGCGUGUACCGUGUACUCCACCGCGGCGCCGGUGUCGGCACUGGGCAGCACAGCGGCACAGCGGCGCAGGCGGAGUCAGAGGUGUCCUUCGGCGUGCUCGUAAGCGACGACGCCGCGGCGUGA